CAAUUUCACCCCCUUUGUUCAAGGCAGACCUAUUGAUUACCAGACAAGGCUGCCGUUCAGUGGAUUGUUCUAGAUGUCGAGCCUUGUGUCAUCUCAGGCAGUACGUUUUACGAUGCGGCGGAAGUUCUAUAAAGUGAAGGCGACGGAGUCAUCUCAGACUUCUGGCUCAUCUAGGCACUCGACAUUGAUCACAUUCACAACAGUAACGACGACGACGACGACAACGACAAGAAGAAGAAGAACAAACCCAGAGCAAAGAUGAGAUCCAGCGACCAUCGCCGCUCCAACUCUCGGCAAGCGCCAGAAUCAACAUCCGGUUAUGCCGGCCCUCUUCCCUACUACCACUACAAACCCCUCCCUCCGCUCCCCACGACCGACAUCUCGCUGGAGGACUGCUCCCAGGAGGUCCUCACGCCGGCCAUCCUCAACAGCGUCCUCGUCCGAGUGAGCCAACUCCUCGGCCACAUCCCCUACGCCGUGUGCGGACGGGCCGCCAUCGCCCACUACGGGUACCGAUAUGCGGAGGAGGCCAACGACAGCAGCAGCAACGACGACGACGACGACGGCGACGACGACGGCGACGAGAAGAAUCAGGUACGCAUCCUCUGCCCUUCGUACGCCCGGCAGGUCAUCCGCGGCUGGGCCGCAGCAGCAGGGCUCCCCGUCUCCCUGGCGGGGAACGAGGCCGGGCACGCGUUCCUCGCGGUGACCGUGCCGGAGGACAAGUCGGUGCGCAAGGUGCGCAUCGAGUGGAUGCGCGACGACGUCUUUAAGAGGCUGGGCGUCGCUUCGAGGGGCGAGGCCGGUGUUCGGGUGCUGGCUAUGCCGGAGCUGAUCAACGAUUUGGCGGGGGUGUAUAUCGAGGAGAGGACGAGACGGCGCGAAGAAGUAGGCGACGACGACGACGACGACGGCGGCGGCGGCGGCGGUAGCGCCAACGGCAGGCACGACGGCGUUGCGCGGCAGAUCGUGUGGUUGCUGGGACAGAUCGACAGGGAAGGGCUGGCCCCUGAGCAGAGGAUCACAGAGGAGAGGGUCCCGAAUGUGGUGAAGGCGGAUUUUUGGACGCCGUUCACUUUUGCGCAUCCUGGUGCGGCUGGGCUCUUCUACGAUGCCGGGUUUGAACCACCUACCGAGCGGUUUCGACAGGACGAGGAGGCAGAGGAAGAGGCAGAGAGGAUGCGUGGGGGGAGGCGCCUAGAAGACGAGGACGACGAUUGGCGAGCCGAGAUGGAGUCAUUGAUGGCUUGGACCGGCGAUGAUGAGGUUGAGGCGUCGGAGGAGGAAGAGGAAGCGAUGAGGCGGGUGAUGGAGCACUUGAAGAGACUGGACUCCAUCACCGACGACAACCUCUGGCGAAUGGAGGUGGAGAGGUUAAUGUUUCCUGAGGAUGCAUGCGGCGUUCAGGCUCCUCCUGUUGCCCGCGUGCGAUCAUCAUCGUCGUCAUCUGAAGAAGAAGAGGGGGCAGCGAUGAGCUUCAACGACAGUCAAGAAUCUUUGGAUUUUGCCCUUUUGACGGCCGAGAUCAACUCGAUGUUGCUGGACAGACGCAGGCCAGACCCAAAGGAAAACCCAGACUCAGACUCGGACCCAUCGUCCUCCCAAGUCCAAGACGUGGAACAAUCGAGUUGGACAGGUCGGCAUGUGUCGUCGAGGCCUCGCUUGCGUCGUAUGAAAGGCAGAUACUUCUUCUUGAGACGUCGUGACGCAGCGCAGGCGCCGGUAAUGAGCCGCGGGGAUCUGGACAGAACAUGAAGCUGAACAGAAAGAAGUUGAACAGCAACGUGGCGCCCACAAAGAUGUCCAGUGGAUGCUAUUUUUGGCUAUUUCUGGGCAAAAGCUCCCACUAAUGCAAUGCAGCCGGGCCAAGAAGCGUGGAAAGAGUGCAUCUUGGUGUGUCUGGGAGAUGCAAGACGAGCAAUAGUACCAC